CUUGUCUCUCUUCCUCCCACUUUCCCAGCUCACAAACUUUACCAUAACAGACUCAUACUGGUGUUCCCAUAAUGACCCCCAUGUGUCCAGACCAGCACUGUGAAGAAACACUUUCACUGUUUUUUCAAGGGUACAUUCACACCCCCUUCCUCUUUACUUUGCUAAAUAUAACUCGUACUUGAAAUCAAAUCGUUUAGCUGAACCUCGACUGGCCGUAUUGGGUCGAGUGUUCGACUGUAUGCUCUGUAUCUCCGGUUAAUGUUGAGUGAAUCCUGUCCGACACAGCAGAGAGAAAGAGGGGGAAAAAAGGUGAGCGUGUACAAUAUCUGUGUUGGAGACAGUAUCACUAAUCUGUCUCAGGCUGCACUUAAAGACGUGUCCCCUGUUGAGUCGGCAGCGGGAGUUGUCUGGAUUGGCGUUUUAUAGACGCACUGUAUUUUAGCACCAGCCCUGCUCCGUGUAGAUGGUAUAUCUAUUCAUCCUGUUGAUGUCACUGACAUGGAGACAAAUACAGUCCGCUCUGUCUCUUAUUCACCCAUGGAUUUGAUGCUUGUGUUGUGGGUGACUAAGUGGCAUAAAAAAAUUAACUAUCUGUAAAAAACGGAAGCAACCCUCAGCUCUUUGGACUGUAAAGGACAGGAAGAAUUUAACAUCCAUACUUGAUCUGCACUGCGUUCCUAAUGCAGCUCAAAUGUUGGUUUUUAGAUUUUUCAUAAUCUCAUUCUAACUGUGUAUCAGGAGACAAUGCGUGGUGCAUUUACAGGGAUUGUUUAACAUUUAUCACUUGUACAAAACCUUUAAAAAACACAUAAAUGAAGCAUGCUACCAUUGAUUAUUUUGGCUACUUGUCAUUUGUUACACCCGGCAUUUUGACAUCUCACAGUAGGAAAGCACAGGCGUACGAAUAAAAUAAAUGUUGGCUGAAUUCCAUUUAGCUGCUUCAGUUCCAGGGUCGUGGUAUUAUUCAUGCACACUGUCAUGACUUACCGGGACACUUGAAUAUAAGCAGAGUCAUCGUCAACGUUGCUAAUCGCACCUUUUGAAGUCCAAAUGCUUGCUAAGAUUCCACCUGAUCAUCUGACCUGACCUUGAUGGAUUUGGGAUCGAUAUAGAUGGAGGUUGACGUGUAUAGGUCGCUUUCAGGCCGGGCAUACUAGAAAAUGUCACGGGUCAGGGUGGGCGGGCCAAAAAGUCAAAAAAGCAGCGUUGUGAGUAAGUUAUUUAUAACUUCAAGAAACAUUUCAAGCAGUAGUUUGCCUUCUCGUCCCCCUUCGCUGUCUCCUUUCCUCUUUACACAAAAUAAACUAAUCUGGAAUGAAUGCCGGAGUUUUGUUGGUGACAAUAAAUUGUCAAUAUCUUUCAAACAUUUAGCAAAAUUAUACUUCUCCCCCCCUAAGUUCCACUUUCAUCCUCUCAAGGCUACUCAUCUCAUUGUCUCUCAUGUUCCCUCAUCCUCCUGCUUUCAUACUCUCAAUUUCACUGUCUCCCCCAUCUCUCUCUCUCACUCACCCUUUCGUUGUCACCUGCUCUUCCUCCCUCUUGCCUCGCUGUUCGGCUUCAUCUCUAUUUUCUUAUGUUUUCCUAAACCUUUUUUUUAGUUUCCUUCUAGCUUCUAGUCAAAUUUAUAAGUCAUGCUUUCACUAUUUUUUUUAAACCCAGAACCCCCUGCUGAUUCUUAUUUGCUCAUCGCAGUGCCUACAUUUUCUCUGCGAUCGAUUCAUCACAAGGAUCCGUUUUCCACCCCCUCUCAGCUAGGCCUAACACCCAGUGGACUAGACACACACACACACACACGGGAGACGCACAAGAGUGUAGGUUGAGGUAAAACGGUGCAUUGGAGAGGUUUCUAAAAUUAUCAGCAGGAACUUCUCUUCUGCACACGUCUGUGCUGUGAGUGUUUGCAUUUGCACACUCAUUGGCCUUAGGUCCGACUACUUUUUCUCCCAAUCUCUCCGUCCUAACACUCUAUUUCUAUAUUUUCUCUCUUUGAUUUGUUGCUGGCCUAAUUGAUACAGCUAUCAGAUCAAAAAGCAAAGAAAACACCCCGCCCCCCCCUCCCUUGCUCUCUUCUUUACAUUUUUCAGGCAAAUGCUAAAUAGCCUCACUGCGCUGCUUCACGGAGUGCACAAAGAAGAACAGAACAAUAUCAAGCGUUAUUCAGUUCCCUCUUUUGUUGCCUCAAAUCCAUUCUGAAGUGUCUAUUAAAGGAGUCGUGGCCUUUUUGUCGCCCGAGCACCAGACUGCACAGGAGGGGGAGAAAGAGGGAGAGAGGAAAAAAGGAAAAGAGCAACGCAUAAUCUCCUAUGUAUGGCAGAUAAGAGGAGAGAAUAUCGCCAUCUUUCCGCUCUGCUCUCCACAUCUCCUAAUCGCUUUUCCGACGUUUCAAUCUGCCAAGGCCCUAAUGAAAAUAUGAUGAGGCGGAUCUAUGGUCCUCGGGGACGGAUGGAGGGAUGGGAGGUGAGGGGAGGGGAGGGAGGAUGGAACGAGGGAUGGCUGCAGAGGGAGGAUGAAGGGAGAGAAAAUACACUCUGUCCUUAUUUCUGGGCUCCGUCGGGGAUACAUAGUUCUUGGAGCUUUCUAUUUAGAUGUUGCUGCUGCCGGAGUCUGUCUCACUCUUCUGUUUCAUUCUCUCUCUUUAUCUCUGCCAUCCUCAUUUUCCCUCUGUAUAUGUGUGUGUGUGUGUAACUGGGAUAAAUGUGUUUAUUUUUUAGUUUAUAUUCCUUUUUUCUUAUUUGAACUCCCACCGGCUGCCUCUCCCGCCUUCUGCCUUCCAAGGAAGAUGUAACUUCUUCUUAAUCAUUCUAAUGCUCCCUGUUUUACCCCCACUUUCCUUUCUGUCUGCGCUCGCCUAUCUCUUUUUUAUUUUUUAUAUAAAUCCUGCAGCUGUGUACAAAAUGUGUGUGUAUAUAUGCGUGUCUGGCUGCAGAUGAAUCAAAGGCUUUUUUUAAACAUCCCGUGUCUGUUUCCCUUUCUGUCAGACGGUGAUGAUGACCCAGCAGGGCUGUCCUGGGUGCCUUCCUCACCCUCCAGUAAAGACGUGGCAUCGCCCUCACAGAUGCCCGACGGCUGCUGUGACCUCGGCAUGGCCACCGGCGGCGAGGAGGAAGGAGGCGCCGGUCUGCCGUACCCCUGCCAGUUCUGUGACAAGUCCUUCAGCCGUCUGAGCUACCUGAAGCGCCACGAGCAGAUCCACAGCGACAAGCUGCCUUUCAAGUGUACCUUCUGCAGCCGUCUGUUUAAGCACAAGAGGAGCAGAGACCGCCACGUCAAACUCCACACAGGAGACAAGAAGUAUAGUUGUCAGGAGUGUGAAGCUGCGUUCUCCCGCUCUGAUCACCUGAAGAUCCAUCUGAAGACACACAGCUCCAGCAAACCGUUCAAGUGCAGUGUGUGUAAGCGUGGCUUCUCCUCCACCUCGUCACUGCAGAGCCACAUGCAGGCUCACCGCAAGAACCGCGAGCACCUUGCACUGAGGAGCGAGAGGGAUGGAGGGAAGAAGGGAGCAGGAGGAGACACUGACCUGGAGCAGGACCUGUAUAUGUGUGAUUACUGCGAGGAGACGUUCAGCCAGACGGACGAGCUGGAGAAACACGUCCUGACCAGACACCCCCAGCUGUCUGACCGAGCUGACUUGCAAUGCAUCCACUGUCCAGAGAUCUUUCUAGAUGAGGCGUCUCUCCUCACGCAUAUUGAAACGCAGCAUGCCAACCGCAAACACAAAUGUCCUGUCUGUUCGGAACAAUUCCCAUCUGUGGAGGAUGUCUACUGCCACUUAGACAGCCAUCGCCAGCCUGACUCUUCGAACCACAGCGCUGCCAGUCCUGACCCUGCGCUGGGCAGUGUGGCCUCUAUGAGCUCGGCCACUCCGGACUCUAGUGCCAGUCUGGAGAGAGGCUCCACGCCGGACUCUACCCUAAAGCCAAGCCAGGGCAUCGAACGAGGCCGCAGAAGAAACAUCGACUCUGUGGAAGAUAUUGUGAUAAGCCUGGGUCAUCAAGUGGGAGGGGGAGGGGCAAACUGGGCUAAAGUGACGUACUCUUGCCCUUACUGCUCGAAGAGAGACUUCCACAGCCUGGCGGUGUUGGAGAUCCAUUUGAAGACCAUCCAUGCAGAUAAGCCGCAGCAGAGCCAUACGUGUCACCUCUGCCUAGACACUCUGCCAACGCUUUACAACCUCAACGAACAUGUGCGCAAAGCUCACCGUACCAGUGGAGGAACCAUAGGCACAGCGGUGGCGGCUUUUCCCCUGCUGCAGUUCACUAACGUCACAGCGUUCCACUGUAAUUACUGCCCAGACAUGUUUGGAGACAUCAACUCUCUGCAAGAACACAUCAGAGUGUCGCACUGCCUGCCUGGUGGGAUUGUGGCGGGGUCUACCACAUUAGAAGGGAACCAUGCCUUCUUCUGCAACCAGUGCUCCAUGGGAUUCUUGACGGAGUCUUCGUUGACGGAGCACAUUCAGCAAACGCACUGCAACUCCAUCGCAGGGGGCGGAUGUGUAUCUGGAGGAGGGGUGGCCAAACUGGAGUCUCCUGUACUACAGACUGCAUCGCAGUCCUUCAUGGAGGUUUACUCCUGCCCUUACUGCACCAAUUCUCCAAUCUUCGGCUCACUCCUCAAACUCACCAAGCACAUAAAGGAGAACCACAAGAACAUCCCGUUGGCUAACAACAAACGGCAGGCAAAGGUCGCAGACCUAAGCCCCGCCUCCUCUGACAUAGAGAUCUCCUCCCCGAAGCGCCACAGGCUGGGAGGGGACUCCACCCCCUCCAUGGGGAGCAACGGGGACUACCCGUGCAACCAGUGUGACCUGCGAUUUUCCAGCUUUGAGGGUUUCCAGGCCCACUUAAAGUCACACCUGGAGAUGCUGCUGAGGCGCCAGUCCUGCCCCCAGUGCAACAAGGAGGACUUUGAAUCCCAGGAGGCGUUGCUUCAACACCUGACAGUGCACUACACCACCACGUCAACCCAGUAUGUGUGUGAGAGCUGCGAUAAGCAGUUCUCCUCAGUAGAUGACCUGCAGAAACACCUGCUAGACAUGCACACGUUCGUCCUGUACCACUGCACUCUCUGUCAGGAGGUCUUUGACUCCAAGGUCUCCAUACAGGUGCAUUUGGCAGUGAAGCAUAGCAAUGAGAAGAAGCUGUUUCGUUGCACAGCCUGUGCCUGGGACUUCAGGAAGGAGUCUGACCUUCAGAUCCAUGUUAAGCAUAACCACCUGGGCCAGAGGUCAGGCCUCCCAGGGGGGCUCGGAGCAGGACUCAAGCCCCGGAAGUGCAUCUUCUGUGGUGAGACGUUUGGAACAGAGGUGGAGCUCCAAUGCCACAUCACCACACACAGCAAGAAGUUCACGUGUCGCUUCUGCGGCAAAGCUUUCCAGGCCAUGUCACUGCUAGAGAGACACCUGAGGGAGAAGCACUGCUUCUUCGAUGGUGGCAGCAUCACUGGCAACGGGGGUGGCACAGGGAGUGGCGGGAGUCAAAACGGGACGCCCAACGGGCUGGCGCAGACCUCCAAGCGAGGAGGAGGAGGAGGAGGAGGAGGAGGAGGAGGAAGUGGUGGCAAUGGAGGUGCAGGAGGCAUUGAAAGAGCAACAGUGGCGGCGGCCGAACAAGCCGACCUGCAGAACAUGCUGCUGAAGAGCGCAGUUGCGGGAGGAGGAGCUGGCCAGGGAGGAGAGGCAGCCAACAGCCACGAGGCAAGCGGAGGCGAGGAGGAGCUGGACAAUUCGGAGCCCAUGUAUGCCUGUGAUAUCUGCGGGGCAGCCUACACCAUGGAGUCGCUUCUGCAGAACCACCGACUGCGUGACCACAACAUCAAACCGGGAGAUGAUGACGCUUGUUCUCGAAAGAAGAAGGCAGACUUCAUCAAGGGGAACCACAAGUGCAAUGUGUGCUCCAGAACAUUCUUCUCUGAGAGCGGGCUUCGUGAGCACGCUCAGACGCAUCGCGGCCCCGCCAAACACUACAUGUGUCCAAUAUGUGGCGAGCGCUUCCCCUCUCUGCUAACCCUCACUGAACACAAGGUGACCCACAGUAAGAGCCUGGACACAGGUACCUGUCGAAUCUGUAAGAUGCCCCUGCAGAGUGAGGAGGAUUUCAUAGAGCAUUGCCAGAUGCACCCUGACCUCCGCAACUCCCUCACCGGCUUCCGCUGCGUCGUCUGCAUGCAGACCGUCACCUCCACCCUGGAGCUGAAGAUCCACGGCACCUUCCACAUGCAGAAGCUCUCCGCCGGUUCUACGCUCGGAGGAGGAGCUGGAGGAGGAGGUGGGAAUGGCGGAACAGGAGGAGGGAACUGUUCUGCCUCUUCAUCCCCUAACGGGCAGCUGCUGCAGCACAAGUUGUAUAAAUGCGCCUUCUGCCUAAAGGAGUUCAAGAACAAAGGGGAGCUGGUGAAGCUGGAUGUACACGGCCUGCCUUAUGGCCUCUGUGCUGGCUGCAUGAGCAGGGGCACAAACGGCCAGAGCCCCAGCCAGGGAGGACACGCCACGCCAGGGGACACGCAGGGAGAGAAGGCCAUGGGCGGGCUCAGGUGUCCGGAGUGUGGGGUGAAGUUUGAAAGCGUGGAGGACUUGGAGAGUCACGUCCAGACAGAUCACCCGGAGAUCAGCCCUGAAACCAGUGCAGCAGGAAAGAAGGCUGAGGCUUCACCUGCACCUAAGAAGAAGACCUACCAGUGUAUUAAAUGCCAAAUGACGUUUGAGACGGAGAGGGAGAUCCAGAUUCAUGUCGCUAAUCACAUGAUCGGAGAGCCCACCUGUCGGCCAGGUUUGUCCCCUUUCUGUCUCCUCUUAGCUCGCACUACGAGCAAGGCAGCAUUGUGCUGUCUCACUGCCUGCCCAUCAGCAUUUCAUUCUCCUGCUUUUUAAUAUCUCGAUAAGUGCUCAGUAUGUAUUCACUUUGAUUCUUUGGUGUUGAACACAAGAUACUGCCAGAUCCCAUAUUGUUAGCAGCCGUGUGCGGAAGCCACACUGCAUGAUGUGGAGAAACGUGGAAGCAGCUCAACUCAGGCUCAAAGUUGCUCGUAGCAGAAACCUAUUUGCCUAAUGAAAACAGGAUAAACUGUUUUCCACUGAAUCCCUUGGGGAUGAAUUUGAAUUUGACACUUUGUAGCCAAAUUUUUGCACAAUUACCCCUCACUUCACCUCAACUCCUCAUUCACCCCAAUCCCUGCUGCUAGCUGCAUGCUUCAUUGUCCUCCCCACCUCAUACACGCCACACAAACACUACACACACACACACACACACUCACAGAUGCCUUGUAGGUAUCGAGUGGCCACUCACCUGGAUCUAAGUGCUCCCCGUGGAGUGUGGUGGCUAAUGAUGUGUCCUCAGCAUGAGCUUUACUUACCUAUUUACAUCAGUGCACUCUAAUAGUGUUACCUCGCCUUCCCUAUAUUCACAUUCUUCACAGAUUUGAUGAUCAGUUGGGGGGGGGGGGGGGGGGCAUAACUUUUACACUGUGUUCUUGUUGGCCAGAUACAUGCGAGUGUGCAGGGUCGAGUUAUCUUCACUUAAAUCGUCACCACUCUCACGUUUCAAUCUCACCUUUUGCAGGCGGAAAAACCGUGCGGAGCAAAAGCGCUGGAUGAAUUCAGCUCACUUUGAGAUUGCUCCUCGAGUUUGCACUCAUCCGCCGAUUCAGAACAGUCGAUCUGCAUUCAGCCUGUCUGUUAGCCUGCAGUCAAAUCUGUGAUGCGCUUGACUAGUAAUGCCGGUCUGCUGUCUAAGCAGCCGCCCCGAGGGCCUCUGUGUGUGUUUGUGCGCACACACAGAAAGAUGUGUGCACACCCCCUGCCCCUCUCCCUUUCUUCCCCCCUUUUUGCUUUUACGCGCGCACGUACACACACAAGCACACACACACCUAUCUGUAUUCAUGUGUAUGUGGGAGUGAGCAGGGUCUGGUGUGGUUACUUUGUGUCACUGAAGACUUAAUGAGGCGAAUAAGAAGCUUUUAGAGUCAAUGGAGGUGGAUAAUGUGGUUGAGGGUUCACUCGUGUGUGUGUGUGUGUGUGUGUGUGUGUGUGUGUGUGUGUGUGUGUGUCCGUGUCCUUGCCACCGGCUAGCAACGUUGUUGUUCUCUUCUGCCCGGCUGCACCAGAACUAAUGAGCUACAGACUACUCCAGCGUCUGCGUCGUUGCGUCUGCGCCUGUGUCGGCACGAAUGCUCUGGACUGAAGGAAGCGCGUCACUUAUUCUUUUCCGCGGCUUCCCGGUCGUACUGGUAACUGAUGUCACAGCGCAGCAUUUCACAAAUACGAGAGUGAACCGUAGAAUUUCUGUACCCAAAAAAUGUGGAAAUAAGUGGACAACUUGUCAAAAAACAACCCUCUAUGAAUUAUUGGUCGGAACACGGCUCACCCUGUCCUCGGCACACGUGUCCUUACUGAGAGGGUUUUCAUCACCACAGGUGAUGACAUGUCCUCUCAGAGGAAUGUGCUUAACUCUCAACACAUUGAUCAGUAGCACCCAAUACUACUGCUGCCAGGAUCUGUAAUGUUACCAUUACUGGUACUUCUGCUGACAAUAGACUGCGGGGUGAACAUUUGAUGUAUUUAUAUGCUAAAUUAAGCUUGUGUGUUGCCAAAGCAUCAAAGAAAAUAGUGAGCACAGAAAAAGAGCACAAUAGUAAUUUUAACAUAAAGUGGUGCUUUAAGAAUAAGAACUAUCAGCAUUAUUACAUGAAUGCUUUGCCAACCUAUUUAUUUGAGAAGGAGUCGUCUAGUUUGACCAUUUUAUGGAAGCAGUGUUGAUAUUUCCAGUGCUACUGUUAUACUGCACAUUAUAGCACAACGUUCAGUAAAAAAAGUACAUGUAUUAUUAUUAGUAAUUGUCUUGUCUAAUUCAAAGAAAUAUUAAUGUGAGUUAGAAAAUCAAAUUAAAUCAAAAAGGUGUAUUAUUUAUUUGAAUGGCCAAUUGCUGCAUAAAAUCCAGUCACUAAAAAGCAAUUGAUUAUCACCGUGACUUAUUUCUUUAUAGCAGAGUCUGAACCUAAAUACUGUUACUUAAUGGAAACGUUCACAUUUAAUGUAGUAUUUCGUUGGCAUUGCAACUCUCUCUCCUGAGUCACGUGUUGUUCAUGUUGUUCUCAGUUCAAUGUAAUGUUUAGAUAAUGGGAGUGAGGAAAAAAAAACAACAGUUUGACUGUGCAGAGUACCGAGCAGGAUGUUGGACUGCACUGUGACGGUAUGAGCAUAGGGACAGAUGACAGCACACACCCCCCCUCCUGUCUUCCAUCCCUCCCUCCAUCCAUCCUUCUCUACAUCCCUUCCUCCCUCCCUCCCUUGCCACCUGGAGCCAGCGAGCCGUGACACCAGAGGGAGGGAGGGAGCGAUGAUGAAGGGACCAGGGACUGGAAAGAGGGGGGGAGAGAGAGAGGCCCACAGAGGGCUAGAUGAGGGAGAGAAGAAGGAAGGGAAGGAUGAAAGAUGAGAUGGGGCAUAUGUAGGCAGAUGUAAAUAAAAGAAGGUACCGCAAUCUGUGUCUGUCAUUUUGAUAAUAGCUUUACUUUAAUGGUAUAAAAGUUAUACAUCAGAUAAAAGUCUAAAGAAUAAAGUAGUGAAUUCAGGCAAAAAGUGACUAUAAAACAGGUUUUAAAUAAAAGAUUAUCUUCAAAUAUUUCACCUUAAUUCAUAUGGGGAAUUUGAAUACAUGUUUCUUUUUCCAGCCUCACAUUUACAUAUUUACACACAAUCUCCACUGGAGCCUCUCCAGUAUAACCUCAGUCUUCUGCCCACAAGCCUGCUGGUGUUUUAUUGACCGGUGUUUUAUUCCGAGCAAUUCGACAUGUCACCGCAUGUCAUCAAAAGCAAAAUGCAAAGCAAGUUUGAAUCAACACGGGAAAACGAGUGCAUGCAUUUCUGACCCCCAAGCGAGGAGAACAAAAGGCCCGUGCUGUGAUGAUGCCGGAGAUUCGCGUUGAAUGCGGUCGUGAUUCAUCAGUUCUCGUAAAACCCUAUCAACAGCAUUUACUCACCACGUAUAAUUUUCACAGUUUCACUCCUCCUCCUCCUCUGUCAUCCUGUUUGUUUCUCUAACCUCCUCUGACACUGUUAAAAGAAAGCGCUGGCUGUCUUUUAGUCCCCGUAACCUGCCAUUGUCUGCUCUAUCGACUGUGCAUGAACACGCACACAGAGUUGUUAGUGUAUUUCCGUUUGUGUGUUUUGAAGGCUCGGAGCAUGGUGGUCCCCUGGAGAGCUCAUUUUGUCGUCUUCUCGCUUGAUUUACCUUCCUCUUCUUCUGCUGUUUAUUACCAGUCAUUACAAGCUGUUUGGAAACCUAAUAGGACACACUGACAAAUAGACUGGGAGAGACCCAACCAGGAUACCAGGCAUCAGAACACAAAGUAACUCUGUGUGUGUGUGUGUGUGUGUGUGUGUGUGUGUGUGUGUGUGUGUGUCGGAGAGGGAGAGUGUGCGCGUUUGCCUGAGAGAAUAUUUGUGCAUGCAACAUCAGCUAUCUUAACUCAUGUAGAGAAGUUCUCUGCUUUGUGUGAGUGAUGUCUUUAUUAGCCCUCUCCGUGUAUGUAUGUGUGUAUUUGAGAGGAUGGAGGGCUGUGUACCAUACUGUACCUGAACCCCUCCUUUGCAAUCCCCUCUCCUCUCUCUCUCUCUCUCUCUCACUCUCUCUCUCUCUCACUCUCUCUCUCUCUCUCUUCCUCUUUCUGUCUCAACCCGUCCAGGUGUGGCUGCACCAGCUGCUAAAGAGAACAGGACAAUUACACACACACACUAACAUACAUACGGGCUUCCUCUCUAUCU